AUGUCGAAGCUCUUCGCCUUUUCCGGUAGUGAAGAUUUUUGCACUGGUGGGUCAAUAUACCCAAAUCCCAAGGACUCCAGUUUAUUCUUGUCCCUUCCUCACCACGUCGAUGUCUAUUUUCCUCCUCGAAAGAGGUCUCGCAUCACUGCUCCAUUUGUGUUUGGUGGAGAAGAAGUUGAAUCAAAAGCAAAUGUUUCUAUCGAGAUUCUUCCGGAUGAGUGCCUGUUCGAGAUUUUCAGACGGUUGUCUGAUGGCAAAGAAAGGAGUGCCUGUGCAACCGUUUCUAAACGAUGGCUUAUGCUUUUGAGCAAUAUAUCUUCCCACGAGUUGAAAUCUGAGGAUGAGGUGGCCUCAAAGGAGGUUGAAGACAUUGAAAUUGAGAGUGAUGGAUAUCUGUCUAGGAGUUUGGAAGGCAAGAAGGCGACAGAUCUCAGACUUGCUGCCAUUUCAGUUGGAACUGCAAGUCGAGGGGGUUUAGGCAAGCUUGUGAUUCGUGGAAAUAAUCAUGUCAGUAAGGUUACAGACCUCGGACUUAAGGCAAUUGCUCGUGGGUGUCAAUCCCUGAGGGCUCUUUCUUUGUGGAAUCUUUCUUCUAUUAGAGAUGAAGGUCUUUGUGAGAUUGCCAAGGCGUCUCACCAGUUGGAGAAGCUUGAUCUCUGUCGAUGUCCUGCUGUAUCUGACAAGGCUGUGGUUGAAAUAGCAAGGAACUGCCCAAAGUUGACUGAUAUUACAAUUGAAUCUUGUGCGAAAAUUGGAAAUGAAAGUAUGCGGGCUAUUGGGCAGUUCUGCCCCAAGCUGAAGUCUAUUGUGAUUAAAGAUUGCCCACUCGUUGGAGAUCAGGGAAUUGCUAGUUUGUUGUCUUUGAACACUUGUGCCUUGAAUAAGGUAAAGCUUCAGGCGUUGAACGUUUCUGAUGUGUCCCUUGCUGUUAUUGGGCACUAUGGCAAGGCAGUUACUGACCUUGUCCUUACCGAUCUUAAGAAUGUUAGUGAAAAAGGGUUCUGGGUCAUGGGUAAUGGUCAUGGACUACAAAAAUUGAAGUCAUUCACAAUUUCCUCCUGCAAUGGAGUGACAGACAUGGGCCUUGAAUCUGUUGGAAAGGGUAGUCCAAAUUUAAAGCACUUCUGUCUAAGGAAGUGUUCGUUUUUAUCUGAUAAUGGCCUGGUCUCUUUUGCAAAAGCUGCAAGGUCGCUAGAAUGCUUGCAAUUGGAAGAGUGCCACAGGAUCACUCAGUUUGGAUUCUUUGGUGUCGUUUUGAACUGCAGUGCAAGUUUGAAGGCUCUUUCUCUCAUAAGCUGCUUGGGAAUUAAGGAUAUUAACUCUGAAUUGCCUAUCCCAGCCUCUAGCGUAUCCUUGCGGUCGUUGACCAUCCGCAACUGCCAUGGUUUUGGCAACAGAAACCUUGCUUUACUGGGCAAGCUAUGCCCUCAGUUGCAAAAUGUGGAUUUUAGUGGACUUGUUGGAAUUGAGGAUUGUGGAUUUCUAGCUUGGCUCCAAAACUGUCAGUUGGGUUUAGUGAAGAUCAAUCUUAAUGGUUGUGUCAACCUGACCGACGAGGUCGUUUCAUCCCUAAUGGAGCACCAUGGUUCGACCCUUAAAAUGCUUAAUCUCGACAGUUGCAAGAAGAUCACUGAUGCUAGCAUGACUUCCAUUGCAAACAACUGCCCGUUACUCAGUGAUCUCGAUGUCUCAAAAUGCUCGAUCACGGAUUCAGGAAUUGCAACUCUAGCACAUGCCAAGCAACUAAAUCUGCAGAUCUUUUCGAUUUCUGGUUGUUCAUUUGUGUCGGAGAAAAGCUUGGCAGACUUGAUAAAUUUGGGUGAGACUCUUGUGGGUCUCAACAUCCAGCAUUGUAAUGCUAUCAGCAGUAGCACUGUUGAUCUGCUUGUGGAGCAGCUCUGGAGAUGUGACAUUCUUUCAUAA